AUGGUCCAAAAAUAAGGAGCAACUAUGUCCUUCUCUCAGUUCGGAUACCCCUACAGCACCACUUCACAGUUUUUCGUGCCCGCCAGCCCCAGCACGACCUGCUGCGAGGCCGCCCCUCGCUCCGGGCCGGAUGCCUCCUCGGCGCCGGCCGCCGCCUCCCUGUGCUGCGCCCCGUACGAGGGCCGGCUGCUGGCGCCCGGCCGCGCCGAGCUCAAUGCGGCGCUGGGCAUGUACGGAGCCCCGUACGCCGCCGGCCAGGGCUACGGCAACUACCUGCCCUACAGCACCGAGCCCGCCGCGCUCUACACCGCGCUGAACCCCCAGUAUGAAAUCAAGGACGGCGCCGGCACGUUGCACUCGGGAAUCGCACAGCCCGCUGCCUACUACUCCUACGAUCAUUCCUUGGGGCAGUACCAGUACGACAGGUACGGGACGGUGGAUUUCGGUGGUUCGGCCAGACGCAAGAAUGCAACGCGAGAGACGACAAGUACUCUCAAGACCUGGCUGUACGAGCACCGCAAAAACCCCUACCCCACCAAAGGAGAGAAGAUCAUGCUGGCCAUCAUCACCAAAAUGACCCUGACCCAAGUGUCCACUUGGUUUGCUAACGCCAGACGGAGGCUCAAGAAAGAAAACAAAAUGACCUGGUCUCCCAAGAACAAAGCGGGGGAAGAAAGAAAAGAAGAAACCCCGCGGGAAGAGGAUGAAUACAGUGUAGAGGACGAAGGCAGAGAGCAGAAGAGCUACAAGGAGGACAAGGAGCUGCGGUUCAGCGACCUGGAGGAGGAGGAAGAGGAGGAGGAGGAGGCGGGGAAGCCGGAGAAGGGCCGGGCCAGCUCCCUGCAGGAAGCCCCCAGCCUGGGCGCGGCGCUGCCCGAGGCUCCUCGAAGCGACUGCAGCCUGCCCGGCCCCUUCCACGCCUUUCCCUGCGCCAAGGCCCCCGCCGCGGACUUCGCCCCUGCCUCCCUGGCCGGCCCGCCGCCGCCCUACGCGCCCGCGGAAAAGCCGCGCAUCUGGUCGCUGGCGCGCACGGCCGGGGCCAGCGCGGCGCGCAGGGGCAGCCCCGAGGGCCGCGGCGCGGAGGGAGGCGGCGGCUCGGCGGCGGAGCAGCCCCUGCCCGCCAAGGCCUUCCGGAGCUCCGCGUUCAACCUGCAGCCGCUCCCGCGGAGCUGCGCGUCCCACCGCGGCCUGGGGGAGCCGUGCCAGUUCGCGGCGGCGGGCGAAGGUACCCGCGGCGGCGGGGCCGCGGAGACGGGCGGGACCGCGGGCCGGGCUGGGGCGCAGGGCACGGCGUGA